AUGGCUAAAGAGGAGUCCAUCCAUUCAGGGGAUAUUGGCAGGAAUCAGGCUAUUGACCAAGACUACAGAGAUGCCGCAGGUCUGGACCGUGGUCACUUGUGUCCCAGUGGCCACCGUAGUCCACAGAAAAACGCUACCUUUACUCUCACCAAUAUUGUGCCCCAGUACAUGACACUCAACCAGGGUGCCUGGAAGCAGUAUGAAGACACAACGAUGCCCCAGAAAACCCGGGACUGUGUUAAAACCUAUGUCAUCACAGUACUGACACCUUUUCCUCUUCUUCCUCUGGUCAACAAGCUGGUCAACAUAGAUUUUGGCAAGGAAAUGGCUGAGGAGUCGUCCAUCAAAUCCGGGAAUAUUGGUCAGAAUCAGGCUAUUGACGAAGACUACAGUACUGCCCUGAUGCCUGUGGACCGUGGUCACUUGUGUCCCAGUAGCCACCUAAGUGGACAGCACAGCACUAGGGCUACCUUCACCCUCACCAACAUUGUGCCCCAGUACAGGACACUCAACCAGGGUGCCUGGAGCAACUAUGAGGGCUACACGAUGCGCGAAAAUACCCAGGGCUGUGAUACCACCUAUGUCAUCACAGGUGCUGUACCUGGGAACACCAACACCACCAAUGGCAGGGUUAAUAUACCCAGCCACAUCUGGUCAGCUGCCUGCUGCGUGAGUAAGAAUGAGCCCAUUAAGGCUUGGGGGGCCAUUGCUGAGAAUCAGAUACACAAUAACCUGAAACUUUUCUGCAGAUUUUUGGGAAGUUAG